AUGAAAGAAAGAGAUUAUUAUGGAGUAUUAAAUAGUAAACAUGAGAAUUGUUCAUUUACACAAAUUGGAGAUACAUUUAUUACAUCAAUGAUGUCAUUACAAAAAGAUAGUAAUCAUGAAUUAGGUGUUCUCACUCCAAAAAAUAUUAAAAGUUGUUUUACUAUUACAGAUGGAAGUUUAAGAUAUUGUAGAACAAAUAUUAAUGGAUUUAAUAUUAAAGAUAGUGUAAUGAAUGAAUUAAUAGAAAAAUAUCAAACAAAAGAAUUAAUUAUUCCAUCACAAUAUGUUGAUUAUCAAGCAUUUUCACAAAAACCAUUAAGUAAUGGUUUAAAAUGUAAUACUACUUAUGCUAUGACUAAUGUAAGUUCUUUAAUGUUUUUAUUCCCUAGAACUUCAAAUGAAGUAACAUGUAGUAGAAAUCCUUUAUUUGCUUCUUUACAAAUGCAAAUUGAUAAUAAACCUUAUCCUGAUAAACCUUUCUCUACUGUUGAAAAAUCUCAUACUAUUUAUAAUAUUACUAAUGCUGGCUUAGAUAAUUUAUUCUCCCCUUCAAAAGAAUUUGCUUAUUCAUUAGAAUGUAAUGAACUUGAUCCUUCAUUUGUUAAUAAUUAUAAUCCUGAAAUUCAAUAUGCACUUCCACUUAAAGAUAAUACUUCAUAUUGUUUCUUAUGUAGUACAGAAAGAUUAAGUGGUUAUGGAACAUUUUGUGAUGGAAUUACUAAGGAUAAUGCACAUGUAACACUUACUGCUACUUUAUUACCAUUUAAACAACUUCAUCCCUAUUUGAAAAAUCCAUGGACAGAAGAUAUAAAUGAUAGAUGUCCAAUUAUGCUUGUAUGUCAAGAUUGUUUCUGGAGAUGUACUGUUCAAGGAGGAUGUGAAUAUAUUUGUAAUAACAAAUAUUUUGUUAAAGAAAAAACAGGAACAGAUUAA